GGGAGCCGGAAGGAGCGCCGCGCCACUCCCCGGAGACGCCGAACCGCCCAGCGGGGGCGCCCUCGGGGCCCGCCCCGCGCCUACGGCGCGCCUCGCCCGGCGUCCCCGCCAGUCCUGCCGGAAGAUGGUCAACGACCGGUGGAAGACCAUGGGCGGCGCUGCCCAACUUGAGGACCGGCCGCGCGACAAGCCGCAGCGGCCGAGCUGCGGCUACGUGCUGUGCACUGUGCUGCUGGCCCUGGCUGUGCUGCUGGCCGUAGCUGUCACCGGUGCUGUGCUCUUCCUGAACCACACCCAUGCGCCGGGCACGGCUCCCCCGCCUGUCGUCAGCACUGGGGCUGCCGGCGCCAACAGCGCCCUGGUCACUGUGGAGAGGGUGGACAGCUCACGCCUCAGCAUCCUCAUCGACCCGCGCUGCCCCGACCUCACCGACAGCUUCGCACGCCUGGAGAGCGCCCAGGCCUCAGUGCUGCAGGCGCUGACCGAGCACCAGGCCCAGCCACGGCUGGUGGGCGACCAGGAGCAGGAGCUGCUGGACACGCUGGCCGACCAGCUGCCCCGGCUGCUGGCCCGAGCCUCGGAGCUGCAGACAGAGUGCAUGGGGCUGCGGAAGGGGCACGGCACGCUGGGCCAGGGCCUCAGCGCCCUGCAGAGUGAGCAGGGCCACCUCAUCCAGCUUCUCUCUGAGAGCCAGGGCCACAUGGCUCACCUGGUGAACUCCGUCGGUGACAUCCUGGACGCCCUGCAGAGGGACCGGGGGCUGGGCCGGCCCCGCAACAAGGCCGACCUUCAGAGAGCGCCUGCCCGGGGAGCCCGGCCCCGGGGGUGUGCCACUGGCUCCCGGCCCCGAGACUGUCUGGACGUCCUCCUAAGCGGACAGCAGGACGAUGGCGUCUACUCUGUCUUUCCCACCCACUACCCGGCUGGCUUCCAGGUGUACUGUGACAUGCGCACGGAUGGCGGCGGCUGGACGGUGUUUCAGCGCCGGGAGGACGGCUCCGUGAACUUCUUCCGGGGCUGGGACGCGUACCGAGACGGCUUCGGCAGGCUCACCGGGGAGCACUGGCUAGGGCUCAAGAGGGUCCACGCCCUGACCACACAGGCUGCCUACGAGCUGCACGUGGACCUGGAGGACUUUGAGAAUGGCACGGCCUAUGCCCGCUACGGGAGUUUCGGCGUGGGCUUGUUCUCCGUGGACCCUGAGGAAGACGGGUACCCGCUCACCGUGGCUGACUAUUCCGGCACUGCAGGCGACUCCCUCCUGAAGCACAGCGGCAUGAGGUUCACCACCAAGGACCGUGACAGCGACCACUCAGAGAACAAUUGCGCCGCCUUCUACCGCGGCGCCUGGUGGUACCGCAACUGCCACACGUCCAACCUCAAUGGGCAGUACCUGCGCGGUACACACGCCUCCUAUGCCGACGGCGUGGAGUGGUCCUCCUGGACCGGCUGGCAGUACUCACUCAAGUUCUCCGAGAUGAAGAUCCGGCCGGUCCGGGAGGACCGCUAGUGCACCUUGCCCUUGGCCCUGCUGGUCCCCAUCGCCCCAUCCCUGACCCCACCUCACUCCUUUGUGAAUGUUCUCCACCCACCUGUGCCUGGCGGACCCACUCUCCAAUAGGGAGGGGCCGGGCCAUCCCUGACACGAAGCCCCGUGGGCAGGUGAAGUCACACAUCACCUUCUCACCAUCCCCACCCCCUCCAUUUGGCAGCUAACUGACCUGUUGCCUCUGCUGAUGGGGGCCGGCAAACUUGAUGACCCCAACUCCUGCCUGCCCCCACUGUGGCUCCUGUGCUGUUUGCCGUCCCCUGGCCAGGAUGGUGGAGUCUGCCCCAGGCAGCCCUCUGCUCUGCCCACCCAAACACCCGGCAUUACGGGGACAGAGAGCAGGGGGCAGACAGCUCCCCUGGAGUCCUCUUAGCAGAUGGUGGGGAAUGUCAGGUCUCUCUGAGGUCAGGUCUGAGCCCAGUAUCCUCCAGCCCUCCCAAUGCCAACCCCCACCCCCAUUUCCCUGGUGCCCAGAGAACCCACCUGUCCCCCAAGGGCCUCAGCCUGGCUGUGGGCUGGGUGGCCCCACCCUACCAUGCCCUGAGGCCAGGACGGGGAGCUGCUGCCUUUGGGGACCCACAGUCCAAGGCUGAGGCCAGUUCCCUGGAGGCUACCCACCCUGUGGCCCGGCAGGCCUGGGGUCUGCAGUCCCCUUAUCUGCUGUGCCCACCUGCUCUCUGUCUCAAAUGAGGCCCAACCCAUCCCCCACCCAGCUCCCAGCUGUCCUCCUGGCUGCCAUCCCAUUUCUCCUGCCUCUGGAAUGUGGGUGGGGCCCUGCACCAUGAGUCUGGGCUGUGCUAAUGGGAAGCUCUUGGUUUUCUGGGCUGGAAUGAGGCUUGUACCACCCCACCACCAAUUUCCCAGGGACUCCAGGGUCCUGAGGCCUCCCGGGAGGGCCUUGGGGGCGGUGACCCCCUCCCUGAGGCGGCUGUCUCCACGGGGAGGCCAACCCCUGCCAGUGACUGUGGCCACCUGGACCCAGGCCAGGCCCGGCGAGUGGUCAAGGGACAGGGACCACCUCACCGGGCAAAUGGGGUCGAGGCGACUGGGGCACUAGACCAGGCACCACCUGGACACUUUCUCGUUGAAUCUUCCCAACACCCAGCACGCUGUCAUCCCCGCUCCUUGUGUGCGCACACACAGGGGUGAGACCCGCAGGCUCCCAGGACCAGCAGCCCCAAGGGCAGGGCUGGAGUCAGGUCCUCAGCUGUCUGCUCAGCAGCCCUGGACCCGCGUGCAUUGCGUCAGGCCCAGAUGCAGGGCGGUUUUUCCAAGGCCUCCUGAUGGGGGGCCUCCGAGAGGGCUGGAGUCAGCCUUGGGGAGCUGCCUAGCAGCCUCUCCUCGGGCAGAAGGAGAGGUGGCUUCCUCCAAAGGACACCCGAUGGCAGGUGCCUGGGGGGUGUGGGGUUCCGUUCUCCCUUCCCCUCCCACUGAAGUUUGUGCUUAAAAAACAAUAAAUUUGACUUAGCACCACUAGGGGGGCGGUGGGAGAGGCCGUGUGACCUGGCGUCUGUUCCAGCGCCACCAGGUCAUCCACAUGCGCAGAUGUCUGCAGCGCUUCCUUCUGCCGUGGGUCCAGCCUGCCCUGAGUGCUGGACAGGACCUGGUCCCUGCCCUCUUGGUCCUCAGCUGGACGGAGAUACAGCCAAGAAUCAGGCAGUGGCAGCCUAGCGUGGCCGGGGUGGUGGAUGGAGCAGGCCAGGUGCGGGGCCACGAGGGGCAAGAUUUGGGUAAAAUGACCACACGAGAUUCAAAGGGAAACCCCUCCUCGGCUCCUCUUCCCACCAUCUAGAAGCCAAGGGAGCCCACCCAGACCACCUGGGUUCCAGAACACCCUGUCACAUUGCAGGGGCUGGGGUGGGACCCGAGUUCUCAUCCCAGGAUCCCCCACCAACAGGCCCCAGGCGGGAGCUACCAGCCUCCCCAUGCCGGCGACUGCUUAGAAAGUGCCAGCGCUUUCUGAUGUGUCAUCAAACAGACUCCUGGUGAGUGUGAAGUUAAUGGACUCACAGAUGUGUGGGUGCAGCAGGAGGCACCGGGGCCCUUGUGCCAGGGCUUGGCUGCGGAACAGAUGCACCAUGGCUGGAGCCUGGCGAGGGGCCGGGGGCAGGUGGAGGUGGCCUUUGGGAGCCUGUGGUCCAGGUCCAGGCAGCAUCUGUCCUCAGUGGCUGGCUGCACUGGAGAUGCCUGUCCCUUCUAGAGCCCUGUUACUGCCCUAGAGCACGAGGCCCUGUCCCAGACCAGGAGAGGGCACACGGCCCUACCAAGCACCGGCUGAAUGGGCACGGAGCUUGACAUGGUGGGGAGGGCCCAGGCCAGCGCACUGGUCCCACCCUCCCCAGGGGCACCUUCAAAGGCUGGCACUGGGGAAAAACGGUCCCUGCGCACCUGCUCCGGGCCACAGCCUCUCACCUUAGCCCUGCAGAGCCUACAGUCUGAUACCAGUGCAAAUGGCUGUCAUCUGAGACAGGAGGAUGAGGAUGCUGGGAGAGCCCUGGGCGAGGGACAGCUCGAGACCUAUGGGCUGAGUGACCAGGCCAAGGGCUAGCAUGUGCACAGGGUCGCCUGGGACCCACGGGCCCCAAACCCUGUCCCCUGGGGCCCAAUUUGAGGGUGGAUGCCUGCGGCCCUCCAUCCCACAAUGCCGCCUGACUGAGCCUCCUCCUGCUGCUUCACUUGAGGGGAGUAAGCUGAGUGGGAGGGGUCUCUGCAUCGCCACACUGGGACCUGGAGGGGGUACACCUGCGCCGUUGCCUCUCUGCGUGCACAGGUAGAUUUUGUGGCUCAGCCAGUGGCCUUCCUCCUUUCCCCUAAACUUCGCACACAUCUCAGAGAGUGACACCAAAGGCCACCCAGCUGACUGCCUGAGCACCAGGGUCCAGAGGAUGGAAGGAACCUUGGUUUCCAUGCUGGUGGCCUCAGCACAUUCAGCUGGAGAACAGCAAAGGAACAGAGCUGUGAGCCGUUCUCAAAUGGCUUUCCCCUGCAGCUGCGUGUAAAUCAGUUUUAUAAUGUUUGGGACAAAAGCUGUAUCGCCAGUGCCCACCUCUUCCUGGUCCCCCUUACCCUUCCUGCCACCUGUCCUCAUCCACACAGACCUCUGGCUGGCUUGGCUGGGGCCAGAGCCCUGGAAGCUGGGAGCCAGGGUCUCUGGAGGCCCCGUCACCCAGGGGCGUGUCUGAGCAGGCAGAGAUUUGGAGGAUUGUUGAACCAUCUCAAACCAUGGCUCCAGGGAGGGGAAGGAAGAGGAGAGGUACCAUUUGUCUGUGUGAGAUGGGGGGGACAGGGGACAUGAAGAACGCCCGUGGCCAGCGACAGACCCCCGUCCUGUGACUUCAGGAGCAAUGCACUGGCAGGAGGACCCAGCAGGGGACACAGAGAACCCAGAACAAGGAGACAGGACGCUAAGCUUUGGCCUCAGCGGACCGGGCUUCCCCAGGGCCUCCAUUUCUUCAUCUGCUUUCAGAGACAAGGGUGUCCCCAAACUGUGUGGCCCAAGCAGCCGGCAGGACUUGGCAAACCCAGAGGGCUCAGGUCGGGCCUCGGUGGGAUUUGUAGGGAGUGUCGGGAGCUCUGGCCCAAGGCUGGCCACGUUGGCCCCCCAUGCGCUGACAGGUGUGUCUGACUCGGGCCACACAGCGCUGGCCAGGGCUUCAGAGGGCCAGCACAGCGACUGGUGGAGGAAGCCUGGUAUGGGAGCGUCGCUAGGCGAGGCUGUGGGCACUUGGUGUCUGUGCGUUCUGUCUUUAAUAAAGUCUCGUGGUUACCCAGCUCCGGUCUCCGCCUCCA